AUAAAGAAUGACGUAAAACGUGUACAUGUCAGCUGAAAGAACAAAAGGAAAAAUACUAUUAAUUGAGAAAGUCAAGACAUUCUUUUAUAAUCUUAAUCUUAAACGCUAGAAAAAAAGUGGUUUUUAAUCUUAAUAGAUUAAAUGCAAGGUCUACAACGAUGGCAAUGAAACAUGCAGUUCGCUUCUAUUUCGGAAUCGUUGUAAUCAAUGUCGUUCGAACGACCGGGAAUAAACUACCAGAGCCUUUGAUACGCUAUGACAACCACAACUCGGUAUGUUAUGGUCCUGGAACACACGGACAAUUACGGCCUUCCUGUCCAAAUACCGAUUCUGUGAUCGCAAUACAAGGCCUAAAAGUUGGCGCAAAACCAUUAUCAAAAAACUGUCCGAGCAGUGUUACCGAAUGGACGAAUCAUACCGGAAGUUACCUUGUUGAUCAUUCAAACAUAUCUGUAAUUCUCGAUGAGACUGCCUGUUGUCUACCAGACGAGAUUGAGGAUUGUUUAUUUGAUUAUAAUUACACAAACUCUGGUCUAGAUCACUAUUAUCAUAAAGGCUCCUCUGGCUAUACAAAGAGCAGGCCAAAUAUGGAAGUAUCAUGGCAGUCAACAAAUUGCAAAAACGCUUCUUUGUAUCCAGCUGGUACUAAUUAUAUGGUUAUGGAUUACUCGUGUAUUGAGCGUAACAGAAUUGGUGACAUGUGCUCAAACAAAACUUACAAUGUAACGAGCGGUGCAUUCUAUUUGACCAAUACUGACUAUCCGAAAAGUGUUGUUUCAACUAUUGCUUCCUGCGAGUGCCAAAUCCAAACUAACGGCACAAACAUUCAAUUUUAUUCUGUUGACAUUCGACCAGGGAUGCAUGGGGACAUAUGUAAACAAGGUGUAAACAUUACUGAUUCUAAUGGAGUAACCACGUGGAAUUGCAAAGAAACUCCGCUGUUUAAUAUCACAGAACUUACGAAGGGUCAUUUAAUAACAGUGAAUCUAACAAAUGAUCUAGAAGAAGAUGGGGGACACAUUUUUAUGGGAUUUUCCGGUGUGGGCAGUGAAAUGCUCACAGUUUCGUGCUCUUAUGAAAUGAAACAUGAAUCGCCAAAGCCAACAAGUACAGCGACAUUAAAUACAUUGCAACCCACCGAAAGUGUUUCCAUUAAGCAUACAUCUAUGUCGAUAUUACAACCAAGCGAAACAACAACCAGACAUACACCGACUUUCCAAACAAGUGAAAGUUUGUCAAUAGCCCAAUCAUCAAUUGUUUAUACUGUCAAUAGUAUUUCAACGUUGACUUUACAAACUAGCGAAGGGACAUCGGCGUUUCAUUCGUCAAUUUCGCAAUAUAGCGAAAGUAACCCAAUAUUACAUACAAGUUUGCAGUCAAGCAGACGUUCGUCGGCAUCAAGUACAACAACUUUGAAGUUUAGCGAAAGGAAAUCAGAAGUAUUGCCGACAAAGGUAUCAACUAUCGACGAGACAAUGACAAGAUAUACGCCGGACGUUCCAAAUGACGAGAGUGUAUCGACACUAAAUUCAUUUGCAUUACAAAGUAGUGAAAUAACUUCAACAAUGCAGCAACUUACAUCACAAAUUAGCAAAGGCACAAUAGAUCAAGCCACAUUUGAAACUUGGGAAACUACAUUUAAAGUGCAACAAUCAACAAAAGAAACAAUUUUACCAACAAGUGCAAAUUUUAAACAUUCUACACUACAAUCAAACACAGUUAUGAAAACACACAGUCAAAUACAUUUACAAGAUAGUUUAAUCACACAAACAGAAAGAGAACGUUCCUUAUCAUCUAUAAUGACUUCAACUGCAAUACAAACAGCACAUGUAGUAUCUCAUAAAAGAACAACCUUGAAUUCUAUCCAAAAAUCAUCUUUUGUGCAAAAUACACUUUUCCCGACCAGUUCAGUCAUAGUAAUAACAGAUAAAUAUACACCAUCCCUGGGAUUAAGCUCAUUCAUUAGUAGUUCUUCAGGUGUGUCUACUUCAAGUACAGAUACUAGUGCAACUUCAACGUCAUCAUCAUCAGGCUUAAGUAUCAACCAGUCAGUCGUUAAUAAAGAACCAAAGUAUGUCAUCAUUGUACUUAUCGUCUGCAUGGUAAUUCUGCUGAGUGUUGUUAUAUUAGUUAUGAUAACAAUAAUCAUGCAUUUUAGAAUGUCUAGAAGACAAAGGGCCGUAGGUAUAGAAGAGGGUGCUGAGUUACAGAACAUAAAUGUAGUACAUCGUGGAAAUAGACAAGCCAUUAAUGUUCAGAGAGUUAGCAGAAUGCACUUUUUUGAAAAUGUAAAUGAAAAUGAAGUGAAUAAUGAUGACAGUGGCACGAUGAGUGACGAAAGUACAAGUGGUGCUGACAGCAAUACUAACAUCAACAGCGACCAUCACGAGGACACAGACAACACAGACACCAAUGCUAGCAGCAUACACAUUCAUCACGAGGACACAGACAACACACACACCAAUGCUAGCAGCAUAGGCGAUCACAACGAGGACAUAAACAACACAGACAUCCAUUCUAACAGCAUUGGCGAAUAUCUCGAGGAAUCAAACAACACAGACACAGAUUCUGACAGCACUGGCAAUUUUAACGAGGAAACAAACAGCACAGACACUGAUCUGGAACCUAAUGAUGACAAUUAUCAUGCAAAAACAAACAAUGAACUUCAUUUAAACCAUUUUUCUUCAAAUUUCGAUAGUAAAUUAAAAUGUAUUCAAAAAAAGAGUGCAAACAAUUCUCAUGUAGAACCUGGUUAUAACAUAAGUCAGGAGGCAAGUAAUUAAAUUAUAUUAUUCUA